AUGCCAGUGCAGAGCGAGAAACGCGUUCUUUGGCAUCCACGGCAUUCGAACAAGUUCGUCGUUGGAGGGGGGUCGCAGAUUACUCUUUAUGAGCUAUCAGACGAGCAGCCAGAAAUCAGACAGGUAACUUCGCAACAUGAAUUACAGUUCAUGAAGUGUUUUGCCUGGUCUCCUGCCAGUAUUCCCUCGGAUAUCUUCGCAGUCGGCCACACGUCCGGGCGUGUUGAUCUCUUGCGUUUGGAAGCAUCACGGUAUAGCCAAUUGGGCCGUGAUGAGAACGUUUUGUCUAGUGGUCCUAUACUAUCCCUCCCUGUGCGAAAUCAGCGCUCCUGUAAUGCUCUGGCGUUUUGCCCUUCGGAUCCCAACUAUCUCGCUGUCGGUCUGGACAAAGUCAGAGGAGACAGUAGUUUGGUCAUUUGGGAUGUCCAAGAGGAAAUGGGAGUGUUUCGUACCACAAUGAAUCCUUUUGAUAACUCAAAUGUUGUUACAAUUCCUCAUUCAAAGGAACUGAUCGGCAAAUUCAGUACCUAUCCUCCCAUACCACGCACCGACCAUCCGGUUCGCACCGAUCAGCGUAUUGUCCAAGCUCAUGCCCAGACCGAGCUUAUUUCUUCUCUCGCAUGGCUUCCUCAAAACACCCAUCCUUAUCUUCUUCUGGCGGGACUUUCUCCUAGAUGGCUUCGCUUGUUCGAUAUACGGAAUCCUGCUGGUUCAGGCGCCGGGGCUUCCUAUGUCAGUAGCAUUGCAACUAAAGUGACAGGAAUUGCAACAGAUCCCUUCGACACAACAAGAUUCGCCACUUGGGGGGAUGGUGUUGUAACCGUUUGGGAUUUACGAAAACUCCACAUUUCGAGAAUCCAUUCCGAUUCGACGAAUGCAACACCUUCACCGACUCCGCUUCUCACCUUCAGUGAGAAGGAUGCGGGACUUGAUGGCGUCUCAUCAACAUUAGCUCUGGGGGCAUCGAAGCCUUCUGUUGCGUCUUCGUCUACGUCGUCCAAAACGAGAGGCGUUUCCGCGACCGAUUUUCCCAAUCUUCCCGUUGUGCAGCAUUCGACCUAUAUGACGGCCGAAUUUUCUCCCUCUCGUCGUGGUGUACUUGUUACAUUGGCUAAAGAUGCUAACUAUGUUCGAUUAUGGGAUGUCUUAGAGGUUGAUAAUUCUCCAAUAUCACGCGAAGUCGACAAUGUUGAUGAGAAUAUCAUCAAGCUGCAAGACAAGGUUCCCGUCGGCAGAAAGUCUUGGGCGAAUUUACCCUGGGGGAGUUCAGGCACUAGUACCGAGAGCAAAAAUCCGUCACCUAUCCAUGAGGAGGAGCACAGAGAACAAAGUCAGCAUCCGAUGCUAAUUCUAUAUAACACAAGGAAAGCCUUUACGAGAAGUAUACCUAAUCCGUUGUGCUCCUUUGCCGCCGUUCCUCCUGUUUAUUUGUCGCACAAAACCAUAUCCAAAAUUGUGGUCGUGUCUCAAUUAGGUGAAAUUACUGUUCAAAGUGUUCAUGAUGCUCCUCAAGCACUAGCCUGGAGCUCCCGUGGUGAUAUGUUGUAUGGUCCUCUCCAGUCUGUCGACAAGGAUGAUGUAAAAAUAGGCUUUGGUGUUGUGCAUAGCUAUCACGAAGAGCAAGAAGAAACAGUCAAGGAUGAGUACAUUCAUGAUAGUCAGACUUCCCCAAGCGUAACAAGGCCUAGUACGAAUCAAAAACCUUUCCCCGCUUCUGAGCCAAACGAGUUGCAUGAACGUGGUCGACCUCGUAAUCCCAUCACCUUCCGAGAAGUUCCACCUUCACCCGCUCUAUUUGGACGGGGAGAUGCUGAAGGAUUUCCAGCUCUGUCUCGUCCAAUCAUUGAGAACCCUGUUUCAGCAAACCUGGCAGCAACGAAACCAACAGAUGGACGCAAAGAAGAAGAAAAGAAAAUGACUUUUAGCCCCGCUGCCGCACUGCGGGUUCCUCUUCGUCCAACGAAUGCCCUAUUAUCACCGUUGAACGUUUCUGCCAUACCUUACAACGAGCCUUCUACGCCAAUCAAAUCUCAGAGCUCUAAUCCACCAACGCCAAAAUACCAAUCGAUGGUUAAUGGCGGAAAGGCAUCUGUUGUACAUGCCGCGGCUAAUGACAUUUCAGUGUUAAUGCGUAGACGAGCUAUAAGAGGGUAUAGCAUUCGUGAUCCAUUGCGAAACGCUUCCGUUAUUCGCGAACUCUCUCGUUCUGGUAAUCCUGGAGCGGGAGUGGAGUUUGAAGAACCGAGUGUAUUCAGGUCAAAAGAAUCGGAAAUGUUGGCAGAUCUAUGGGAGUGGAUACACCAUUCUCAAAAAUUCCUGUCAUCACCAACUCCUCUAGUGCAAGGCUACGAUUUCUCGUUUGCUGGUGUGUGGGGUAUCUGGGAUGGCCCUCCUUCCAUUGGAGGAUCAGGGACUAUUCCAAGAUAUAAGGAUUCAAAUACGCAUUAUGCGGAGCAUUCCACAAAUAUGUCGGAAGAAUAUUCCAGUAACUCAGGCUCUUUAACCAGCGGAAGCGUCAGUAGCAGUCUAACCGGGAGUAUAAACAUGAGCUCUGGAUCUAGUAUGAUGUUUGGAGGUUCUUCGAUCAUUUCUGGAAAUAUCGGGGACGCGGAAGCAACUCCUGUACACCGUGAUCGGUUAGAACUCCCCUUAGAAACUGAGACAGCGUCACUCUAUCCUAGUUUCGACCGUUCCAGACGCGUCAAAGCCCAAGAUGAGACAUCAACUUCAAGAACAACCAGAACACGAUCGCCCAUUACAGAGCCACUAACGAACGAUCCGGAAUGGCGUCAGGCUCUCCUCCAAUUACUCGCACGUACUGAAGAAGCUCCUUCAGCCUCGCGUCUGCCAAAUUUCCCUUACGUUUCAACUUCCCGGCCACUUCAGCGUCAUGUUUGUCUCCACUUGAUCGGAUGGGGUUUCAUUCUUCGAGACGAUUCGCUUAUGGCGGAAGUGCGGAGGUGGGAGCGCGAAGGUGAAGGAGACGAAGGCUAUGCACGAGCUGCUGCCUGGCUCGUUUUCAGCGGUCGCUAUGGCGGCGGAGCUGGAGUGUCCAACGAGGGCGCUGUUCACGGUGAAGGUGCAAUAGAAUGUUUACUACGUAGCGAGGGUGCGCACUUCGUGUUUGCUCUAUCUCUGUUGUUCUCUUCAACUAAUUCUAAUCCGUUGCCUUUGCGUUUAGAUGAAAGUCAUCACAUGAUGUCUGGUGUUAUCGCAGCACUUGUACCGUUCGCAAGUGCUACUCUCACAACUCCCAACUCCUCCUCAAAACUUGCUCUUCCUUCGACGCUCCUAGAGCAUUACGCACGACUUGUAAAUAAAUUACAGGAUUCCUACUUGCGCGCACUGUUGACACAUUUGACUGCUAUUUCUUCUUCCGUGACGCCUAGCGGCGAGCACUGGCUAGAAAUUCUUCAUGAUGAAGAGGAUUUAUUACCCUUCUACGAACGUCUGGCGCUGGCGUUUUGCUUUCUGGACGAUACGGCACUGACCACAUACUUGCGACGAUGUAGAGAACACGCCCUUGGCAAGAACGGCGGAGACGUAGAUGCCCUGAUUGUGACAGGCCUAGGAACUUCGGAGGGUAGAGAAGUUGUCGGUCUCUGGUUAGAUCGAAUAGGCGAUGUCCAGAGUGCAGCUUUACUCGGCUGGACAGGGCUUAGCUCGAGCUUGGGACGUGAAAGGAUACCUAAGCUUGCAUCUGAUUUGAAAACCAAAGGGCAAACCUCAAUACAAGAUUCCCAAGUAACCAGAUGGGUGGAAACAUACCGCGAUUUUUUGGACUCAGUCAAACUGUUUCAUUGUCGUGUCGAAUUCGACAUUGAAAGAGGCGAAAUGUUGCAGAUCGCAAAGGAUCAAAAAAUUACGAAUCUAGCACCAAGGCAGAUACUCAUCAGAUGCAACUAUUGCAAUAAAACAGUUACACCUAAUGCAGAGAUCAACCUGAGUGAGAGCAAUAACCUAGGAACUGGACAAGAUUCUAUCCCAAGGGGAAAGCCAACAACCUGCCCUAAUUGUGGUCGUGCUUUACCGCGCUGCUCUAUAUGCUUGAUGAUUUUGAGUAUUGUGCCAGAUGCUCACCGAGAGGCUGAACUACUCCUGAACCAUUCACAAUAUCGAGGUACAUCUCAAUCCCAAUAG